AUGCGUAAUGGGGAUAAGAGACAUAAAGUGGUACCUGUGGAAGGUGGAAUUGUAAUUAGCGGCAAUGGAGAUCCAAAACGACCACUCGGGAAGGUAAUGUUCGAAUUCAUGCCGCCUAUGGAAGAGUGCUCGUACUGCCAAUCGCAGAGCGAACGGAGAGACAAUGUGACAAAUGAAAUCGGAAUGGUGCUGGUCGGUGGCACUGGAGCGAGCGUGUUUCAUCAAAUUGAUGAAGUUAAAUAUAGCGAUUUUGGAGUCGACAAAUUUAGCGUAACUGUUUAUAACAAUUAUUCCGAAACACUUUUU